ACGGAAGAAGCAGCAACAACAAUAAUAAUGGAUGACUUCGCAUUUGUAUAGCUGCUGCUUCUCGUCGCUUAAAAAUGUAAAUGUGGCAGUGCAAGGCAUGUCCGUCAGCUGUUCAAAGUAGGUCUCAUCUUCUUGCCCAUUACAAACUCCAUCAUCCCCACUUUGGCUGCACCACAAACUACCCCUGCACAUAUACAGAUUGUCCCUGUACUUUUAAAACAUGGAACGCUCUGAUUGUCCAUCAAAGUAGAGUGCAUGGCACACAAGUUGUUCAGACUUUAGAUGAGUUAACUACCUUCUCUUGUCAUAUAUGUAAAUGUUGCAAUUUGCCCAACGAAAGGGAGUAUUUCAUUCACAUCAACACACACCUGAAGAAAAAUGAAGUUGUGUCUUGCAUGUUCACAGACUGUAAUUUUUGAACAAGUGUUUAUGGCACAUUUAAGUCACACAAGAGUCGCCACCAUAAUCCACAUAGCAUAGCUGAUUUUAGACCUGAAAUUGUGAAGAGAACUACUGUACCCUCAACAUCAUCUGAUUUGGGUGUGGCAAAGGGUGUGGAAGAGAUUGUUCCACCUGUAGAGCAAACAAUCCCUCACAGUCAAGUUCCAAAUACACUUCAGAAGCAGCUUGCUGCAGCUUUAUUGAAAUUGGAACAUUUGGUGCAUGUGCCUGGUACAGCAGUUGAUGAUUUUUUACAGGACCUCCACUUCUUACUAACCACUGCAUCAGCUUCACUCUUUCAGGACUUAUUAAAUACAAUAUUUGAACGUCACAACCUACAGGUUGAUGACUCGGUGGUAACUGAAAUAGUCACAGCAGCGAUAUCUAACCCUGUUCAUAAAGCCAUUGAAAAGGGUGGCACACUCAGUACCACACAUCAACGUAAAACCUACUAUAAGAAAGAAUUCAGCAUUGUGGAACCAGUUACUUAUACACUAGACCACAAGAAAAAACACACUUUUCAGUAUGUCCCCCUUCUUAAGUCUUUGCAGAACACACUGAACUGCCAGGUGAUACUUGAUAAAGUCAUUGACAACCAUAGAGGUCAGCGGGAAACUCAGCUCAAGCCUUUGUUUGAAUUAAGGUCCCCUGAAGAUGGUGUAUAUUUCAGGAGUAAUGCUUUUUUGAAUUCUGACGAAUUGAGAUUAUCAUUGCGCCUGUUUGUUGACGACUUUGAAACUUGCAAUCCGUUGGGGACUUCUCGAAACAAACAGAAGCUUUGUGGAAUUUAUUGGGUUUUAGGCAACCUACCACCUGGUUCCCACUCAUCAUUAUCAUCAAUAUUUCUUACAGUACUUUGCAAGAGUGUUGAUGUAAAAACAUAUGAUUUUGACAAAGUGUUAGAACCUCUCCUGCGAGAUGUGAAAGUACUGGAAGACUUUGGCGUGUAUGUACCUUUGUUAGGCAAGUGUCUUAAAGGCACACUACAUUGUGUCGUGGCAGAUAAUUUAGGUGCACACAGUAUCGCAGGCUUCGUUGAGAAUUUUUCAGGCGAAUAUUUGUCGGUUUUGCACUGCAAAACGUGGUGAAACACAAUCCAGCCCUUUGACAUCUGGUGCUUUAAGCCUCAGAACGAAAGAGUGUUAUACUUCUCACGUUAAAGCUGCUCUUGAGACUAAUGUGCAUUGCUGUGGAGUGAAAAGAGAGUGUGUUUUGACAAAAACCCUGUCUCAUUUUCAUGUCGUCUCUGGAUAUCCUCCAGAUGUUGCACAUGAUCUUCUUGAAGGGAUUGUUCCCGUCGAGCUUGCAUACUGCUUGGGGUCAAUGAUAUCAAAGAAGCUUUUUACACUGCAUGAUUUGAAUCAAGCUAUCUUGGCUUUCCCUUAUAAGUGGUCAGAUAAAACAAACAAACCCCAUGUGCUGCCACAGAACAUCUCUAGUCGGAAAAGUAUUGGUGGAAAUGCUCACGAAAAUUGGUGCCUUUUACGGCUCCUGCCAUUUUUGAUUGGCUCCUUUGUUCCAGAUGAUGAGCCGGCAUGGCUGGUAUUAAUGGAUCUCAAAGACAUUGUUGAGCUUGUUUUUGGCCCAGUACACAACGAUGAAUCCAUUUCAUACCUUCACAGCAAAAUAAUUGAGCACAGGACCAGAUAUAAGGCAUUGUUCCCUGAUGUUCAACUCCUUCCAAAGCACCAUUUAGUAGAGCAUUAUCCUGUCUUGAUGAGGAAUUUCGGCCCUCUAGUUGUACUCUGGACACUUCGAUUUGAAGCGAAACAUGGCUUUUUCAAGCGGGUUGUGAAGCACACACAUUGCUUUAAGAAUGUGCCACUGACUUUGGCCUCGAAACACCAAUAUAUGCUUGGUUUUCACAUGAAUUCCCCCUCAUAUGGUAAAUCUACCCUUGAUGUACCCCAUGUGUCCACUGUACCAGUCAGUGUCCUGAAGGAGGACGUGGCACAGGCUUUUAGGGCAAAAUUUCCCAGUGCAUCUGUGGUGCACCUUGCCAAGAAGGCAUGUAGCAGUGGCAUACUCUAUGAAAAAGGGAUGAUAGUAACUUAUGGAUCAGUAAGUGGAUUGACAGAGUUUGCUGAAAUCAUUCAGAUGUGUGUUGAAAAUGAACAGCUGCUCCUCUUUCUCAAAUUACUUUGUGGGUGGUAUAAUGGGCACUACAGAGCCUUUGAGCUGAGUGUGUCACCAGCAAGAGAAUUAAAGCUUGUGACUAUCACUGACCUCUGUGACCCUUAUCCAUUGGCUGAUUACUUUGUUGGAUCAAGUCGCAUGGUUGCGUUAAAAAGACAUAUCCUCAUUAAAGGUUAGUUGAAUUUAAGUUUUAUAUAAAUGCCCUUUUACUUUAUCUUUUUGUUGCAAGUCUUCACAUUGCAGUUGAAUUUAUGUGCAAUAUUGAUUGUUAAGAAUUUGGGGAGACCUGGGGCAGUAGCAACACGAUGGUUUCCACAUGCAGGUUUUCUUCACUAGAAACAAGUUAUAGUGAUACUUGUACAUGCUUAGUUGGAUUCCUAUUGCAGACAAAAAGCAAACAGAUUGCAUAAGCGCUUCAGGAUGUAUUUAAAUAAAACUAAGCUACAUUCGUAGCCACAUAUUGCACACCAUUCCACGGGUAGAAUGCUGUACUAAUCAUUAAAAAGACUUUAAAACAGUACUACACUACUACGACAUUAGAGUCUUUAAUAAUACAGUACAAACUGGUCAAUGCCAUUCUGUUAACAGCAAAUACUGUAUAUAACAGGGGCCUUAUCUUAAUGCAUUAAUAACAAUCAUUUUAUUAAAACUGGAUUUACACUGCAUUUGUAAUGUGUUACAACCAUCCCCAACCAAUGUUGCAACUGUCUCCAGUACUGUGGGCAAUUGCAACAUUUGCCGACUUGCAUUCAAAUACAAAUUGUGAAGAAUAUAGAUGUAAGGUUAUUGUAUGAGAAAAAAAAUCCAAAAUGUUUGAGUAACAGAACCACAUGCAAAAAGUGUUGCAACUGUCUCCGGUCAACCCAACCUUAUUAACAAGGAUGGUGUCUUUCUACGUAUUUAACUGUUCAUAUUUUUUAUUGUCUUGGCAGACUGGCCAUGAGUUCUCCAGCAAUACUGAAAAUUGUUCUGGCGGACAACACGUGCCAAAGAUUGACAUUCCCAAGUGGACUUCCUGGAGCAAUAGAGGACCUGGUUUGUGAAGUAAAGAGGCAGUGUGGUUUAACAUCCAAUUUCAGACUACAGUUCAUGGACCCACUGUUUGGGAAUGACUUUAUGAACCUUACUUCCAUGAAUGAAGUACAAGAUAGAGGGACAAUUAGAAUAGUUCCAGAUACUUUCACGUGUAUGAAUACUACUCGCCCCAUCUCCACUGCUGCUCCCUCCACGAUUUCUGAUUUUGAGGGGCCCUCAUCCCCAUCGCUUAGCAGUGCUGACACGGAUGUAAUCUCUUCCCCAGAUUCUGAGCCAUCUGGGUCAAGGUCACUUUGGCCUUCCACCUUCCACUGCCCGAUGUUUUCUUACGAUGCUGAAUUGAAACUCCAGAAGGCAGAUGCAGUGUACAGGGAGAUGCGUACUUUGCUUUGUGCAGACGCAGACCCGAAACUUAAAUCAGACAUUCUCCAUGGACUAACUCAAGAAAUAGUCAAGUAUGGUGUUUCUGCCACGGAUAGGCAGUUUAGCAUGGUUGGGAAAGCGCUCAUUUCCAAGCACCCUUGCCUAGCUGAGGAAAACUCAUUCACUGGAUAUGCAGGGUGGAAAAUUAGCCUGAAGAACAAACUGGCAAUGUACCGUUCUCGUUUGAGGAAACUGGGAUGUCCAGAGGUAAUGAUCAACUCUGUUCAGGGGACACCAGGAGUCAAAACAAGUCCUGCUCUUGGCAUUAAAAAAACCGAAGAGAUCUGAAGUCAACUACUGCCCGGCUUACCCUACAGGAGAA